UGGAGGAGUUUUUAAAUAUAAAUGAUGUUGAAUGAUAUUUUCGCUUUAGUUAGUUAUUGAACGGCUCUUCGUUAAUUAACUCACCACGUUCCCGUCGCGAUCGAUUAACACUCCAGAAGAAAAUAUCCAGCAGAGGCUCCGGUCGCGAACAGAGAAACCCACAACAGAAGGAUCAGGAGAAGGGGAGAAUCAUUGUGAAAGUCACUAGCUCGCAGUUCGCGCUCCGUCCGAAUCGAUUGAUUAAUAAUGGAGGAUGAAGAACAGAGGCUCAUCAUUAUGCGCAAAGCAUUCCAGAUGUUCGAUACAACCAAAUCGGGCUUCAUCGAUACUGUCAAAAUUUCCACCAUUCUGAACACGCUAGGGCAGCAGUUCGACGAGGGCGAACUGCAGGCGCUUAUCGACGAGGAAGAUCCGGAAGAAACGGGCAAGGUGAACUUCGAUGGAUUCGCGAACAUCGCCUCGAACUUUCUGAUAGAGGAGGAAGAUGCCGAAGCGAUGGAGAAAGAGUUGAAGGAGGCCUUCAGAUUGUACGACCGAGAGGGAAACGGCUACAUUACUACCAGCACACUGAAGGAAAUUUUGGCUGCUCUCGAUGAUAAGCUAUCGAACGAAGACCUGGACGGCAUCAUUAAUGAAAUUGAUACUGAUGGAUCCGGAACUGUUGAUUUUGAUGAGUUCAUGGAAAUGAUGACCGGAGAGUAAUCGGAUUGUAUGAUAGAAUAAUGGAAUAACGGUUCAGCCAGCUGAAAACUGAAGAACCACAAACAAUGUAGCGACUAUAGCCGACCACCACUAGAAUACCUGAUUCAUCUUUGUAACCUCUAUUCUUUUUUCAAAAACUUUUUCAACAUGCGUUGUUUGCGACGGAAUUUGCAACAAAAAGUACGAUUGCCGUUAGCUUAUGUGAUUUCCUUCCGCUCAAGAGAACUCAUUAGACAACGACCCCGAUUGUGCUAAUUUUAUCCCCAUUUUCGUUCGACCGGCGAGCAAUGCAAAAUCAAACCACCCUCUGUCCUGUUCCAAGUAUAUUCCACUCGUAGUUUCAAUUCAACCCUAAAUUGACUGGCAACUCAAUCAGGCUUGAAAUGUUCCACCUACACUGCACAUCCUAUUUUGUACUCUCCGUAUCGUAUGAAAGCAUGCUCCUGUAAUGCACAGUAUCUGUUCUUUCGAGUUCUUUCAAACAUUCACUUUGAUUGAAUAUAUUUUCCUGCAUUUAUCUACUCUCAGUCUACUGCACCCUUCGAGCCAGCCCCAGAGAUGACUAGACAACCACACUUAUUGUUCAAUGUAGAUAUUAUAAAAUAUGGUAAUAUGAUAUGGGAAUAAAGUGCCAUUAUUUAUUAAGA